AUGAAUAUUAAAAGAAGAGGGGGAAAUGUGGGUUUAAAACUUGACAUAUCUCAGGCUUAUGACACUAUAAGCUGGGAUUUCCUAGUAGCAAUAUUGAAGAAAUAUGGUUUCUCAGAGAGAUUUACAAACUGGAUUACAGUUUUACUAAAAACAACAAAAAUUUCUAUAAUAUUGAAUGGUGGACCUAUUGGAUAUUUUGGUGUUGGAAGAGGGGUGAAACAGGUAGAUCCAUUAUCUCCACUUCUUUAUGUAUUGGUUGCUGAUACACUAAGUAGGAAUUUGACUCAACUCAUUCAGGAGAGGAAAAUUCAGCCCAUGGUCAUCAGAAAAGGUAUUUAUCCAUCAUAUUUAUUCUUUGCUGAUGAUAUUUUUAUCUUCUGCAAUGGAUGUAAACAAUCUCUGGUGAAUCUUAAACAUCUAUUAGUAGAAUAUCAAAGAGCUUCAGGUCAACUAGUUAGUGCUUCCAACAGUAAGUUCUUCAUUGAUGGGACUUCUAAUAUAAGACAAAAUCAAAUUGCAAAAUACAUGAAUAUGGAAUUGUUUGUCUUUCCUGAUAAGUAUUUGGGUGUAGUUCUUGUUCAAGGGAAAGUAAAAAUUGAACAUCUAUGGUCCUUUGUGGAGAUGCUGCAAAAGAGACUGGCUACUUGGAUUGAAAAAAAAUACAUCACUAUUGCUUGGGAUAAAAUUUGUGCACCAUUGGAGAAAGGAGGUCUGGGUAUUAUAAAAUUUGAAGAUAUUAAUAAAGCCUUACUGAUGAAACUGUUAUCUAGAAUUCUUAAAUCCAAUGAAGACUGGGCAAAAAUUUUGUUAGCCAAAUAUAAAGAUAAAAAUGGUCACUGGAUUUCAUAUUAUAAACAAUCCUCUGUCUGGCCUGGUAUUAAAUGGAUUCUUCGGGAAUUUGAGGAAAAUACAAGAUGCUUAGUUGGGAAUGGUGAAAAUAUCUCUGUCUGGAAUGACUCAUGGAUUUUGGAUGCAAGCAUUAAUAAAUACUUCCCUGAGAAUGAAUACAUACAACAGAAUAUCCAUACGAAGGUUAAGCAUUUGAUUGUCAAUAAUACAUGGACUAUUCCUGAAGAUAUGCUUCUUUUCUUUUCAACUGAAGAUCUCUCUAUUCUUACUAAUACAACUGAUAAACUAGUGUGGACUUCUACUCAAGAUGGUGAAUUCUAUGUCUCCAGUGCUAUAAAUUUGAUCAGAAAAAAGCAGCCUAAACUGAAGUGGUAUAAGAAGAUUUGGAACUCUUGUGUACAUCCCUCUACAAGGGGAGCUGCAAAUACUAAUGAAAACACUUCUAAGAGAGGUAGCAUCUUUGCUUUUAAAAAUCCAAAAUCUUUCGAUGAAGUUGUCAAUCUAUGCAAGAAUAAGAGUUCAGUUAUUCAGGAAUUGUGGAUGGUUUAUGAUUAUGAGAUUAGACUUAAAGGUUUCAUGAAUAACACAAGAUAUGAUCUCCAAAUCCUUAAAUAUUUUGAUAUAGGUUGUAGGAAAGUGAAAUUUUCUAAGGCUAUAGAAUUUUCAUUCUUUCUUCCUGAGCCAGAAAAUUUCUUAUUCUGUUGUGAUGGUGCUUCAAGAAGGAACCCUGGGAAUGCUGGGUAUGGUUUUAUUGUCAUGGAUAACAUUGGGAGAUUCAUAUCAGCUAAAAGUGGAGGUCUGGGUAUAUCCACAAAUUUCAUUGCAGAGAUUAUGGGGACUUUGUGCGCUAUGGAAUGGGUUGUUAAAAACCACAAGGAGAAAAUUACUAUAAACUCUGACUCCACUGCUGCCAUUUCUUCUUACAUGAAGAACAAAUUACCUUGGUUUAUAUGGAAUAGAUGA